AUGGAAACUCGACAGGCGACGAGAACACCGACCAGAGACGCGGCUGGCAUCGCGUUACUGCUCCGUUAUUACAACCAGCUGUACUUCGUCGAACGGCGAUUCUUUCCCCCCGAUCGAAGUCUAGGCAUCUACUUCGAAUGGUUCGACUCGCUGACCGGAGUGCCGAGUUGCCAGCGGACGGUCGCCUUCGAGAAAGCCUCGAUCCUCUUCAACGCGGCCGCUCUCUACACUCAGCUGGCCGCUAAGCAGAAUCGUCUGUCCGCGAGGGGCUUGGAUCAGGCGAUCGACGCGUUCCUCAGGGCAGCUGGUACCUUUCGUUACAUACACGAAAACUUUACCAACGCACCGAGCAUGGAUCUUGGACCGGACAUGCUCGAGAUGCUGGUUCAAUUGAUGCUGGCGCAGGCAAGAGAAUGCUUGUUCGAAAAGCUGGAACUUCAGUCGAGGGACGGAAGGAAUAUCGACGUGUCGUUGGACCUCGCGCAGGAAGCGGCACAGGUUGCAACGGUGUACAACGACGUCCAUGGACUGAUUUCGCGCGAACCCGUCCGAGACUACGUCCCCGAGACGUGGAUUUCGUUGAUAUCGGUGAAGCGGGAGCACCACUUGGCUCUUGCUCAUAAGCACCUCGCACUCGGACUGUUCGACCGUUCGAUCGCCGAAUGGCGCCCGGAGACGAGACUCGCUCUCGAACACGCGCAAAGGAGCGACGGGAAAACGCAGUUGGACGUGAUCGUGCCGCGGGACGAUAACGAGAGGCAGCUGUUAGGAAAAGCCCAUUUCAGGGAAGCUUUGGCGUUGCACGAAGAGAGUCAGAGGCUACAGAGGAUGUGCAGAGACUUGAAAGCGAAACAAGCGCUCGCCAAGGUCUUGAAGAGAGUGCAGGAAUCCACAGUGGAUAGCUACAACGUGAUCGGAGACGAGGAUGACUUCCGGGGACUGUUGGAUCCUCCAGAUAUUAUCGCUUCCACCAAGUUUCAACUGAGCAUCACGCAUCCAGACUUUGGACAGCACGGAGUGGACGAUCUUUUCAAGUCUUUGGGCCCGGUGGCUAUAUUCUCGGCUAAAAGGCACUGGACGGCUCCGCGUUUAAUUCAGCUACAAAGAGGACCCGACGGCGAAGGAUUUGGCUUCAGCGUCCGAGGAGAUGCACCCGUGAUAAUAGCCGCGGUCGAUCAUAAUUCAUUGGCCGACUUAGGUGGAAUGAAGGAGGGCGAUUUCAUCGUAGGAAUCGGCGACAAGGACGUGAAAUGGGCUUCUCACGAACAAGUGGUCCGUUUGAUCAAACAGUCCGGUGAUUUUAUUAACUUGAAGCUGGUUACGCCUAUGGAUAGAAAUUACUUAAAGAGGCCUGGUAAAGCCAACCAGCAGGACAAAGGAAGCGUCUCGGCGAGUAGCUCUUCCGGGAUCUCUUCCGGUCAACCGAGUCCCGCCGGUUCCGUGACUACCGCUCACGUAGCCAAGAAGCUACCUUGGAAUCCGUUCAAAAAGUCGACCACCCAGCGCGACAGCAGGGACCUGACGUUCGAUAACGUUAUCCUCAGAUGA